GCAAGGCUUGCUUAUAGACAUCAUCAUGCUUCCAACUCUCUUGCGUGCCACCAAGACUAUUGUUAGUAGAUCGGGCGUGACUGUCGGAGCAUCACGUUCCGCUUCGGUUGGUGUUUCCUUCACCAGCACCGUACCCAUCUCAAAGAGAUUCUACUCAGAUAAGAAGGCCUCUGAAAAAGCAGACGACAAACCACAAAGUAUACUAAACGAAGAUAUGUUGAGCCGUGCCGGCUUUGAGGAAGCUGAAAAAGAGAAAUCCUCUGAGGAAGAAACUGAGGGUAAAAAAGAUGACACAGACAGAAGCGCACGCAGAAGACGCCGUGCUCAGACGUCCAAAGACAGGCAGCGUGAGAAGUAUGCCAACUGGUUUUACACUGCCACAUUGUUUGGAGGGUUUGCUGGUCUUGGCUUCUUGUGCAGGGACUGGGAUUCGGAGGAUGAGCAAAAGGCCGUGGAGGGCCAAGGAAUCGAAAACGGUUUCACGCCCCAGCUUAUGUACGGCAGGUUGAACAAGAGAGUUUCGUCUCUUUUCACGUUCUUCAGCGAGCCAGCCUUUGAGAAUUUGUUGCCUCCUCCACCCCCAGAGGCUUACCGUCGCCCCUUGACAUUGGUAUUGACCUUGGACGAUCUCUUGGUCCACUCAUCCUGGGAUGCUAAGAACGGCUGGAGGACAGCAAAGAGACCAGGCUUAGACUACUUUUUGGGCUACUUGUCGCAGUACUACGAGAUUGUUAUCUUCGGUUCCGAAUACCAAAUGUACUCCGAGAAGACUGUGGCAAAAUUGGACCCUUUGAGGGCAUACAUACAGUACGCUUUGUUUAGAGAGGCAUGCCGUUACAAGGAUGGAAAAUUAAUCAAGGACUUGAAUCUCUUGAAUCGUGACUUGGCUAAUACUAUUGCUAUUGACGUCAACGAAGAGACCCUGGUGUUGAACCCUGAAAAUGCCAUCACUUUGAAGCCAUGGGAUGGAAAGCCUGAUGACACUUUGGUCAAAUUGAUUCCAUUGUUGGAAUACUUGGCCACCCAGCCCGUUAAGGAUGUCAGGCCCAUUCUUAGCUCAUUCACUGACAAAAGCAGCAUUGUUGAAGAGUACUCUGCCCGUGAAGCUAAAUUACGCCAGAAAUGGAUGGAGGACAACAAGCACUUAUUGGAAAGAGCACACAAGCCAAAUGCGGGAAGCUUCAUUGCUUCCCUCAUGGGAAUCCCGCAAAGCUCUGUCAACAAACAGCCAAAAAUGCCCUUAGAUAUCAUCAGAGAACAUGGUCAGUUGCAAUAUGAGAGCUUACAAAGAUACUUGAAGGAGAACGAAGCCAAGUUUUUGGAAGAAGAAAAGAAAAUGAAGGAGGAAUACGGUAAGGUGACCUUGAAUAAGUUGAUGACGGAGGGAAUGCCAAACCCUGAGGAUAUUGCCAAGGCGCAAGCAGAAAAGGCC